AUGAAUAUGGAUGAAUCAAUUUUAAAUCACUUGUUUCUUCCACAUUAUCUACCGUCUUCUGCUGAUGAUGAUUUUUUAAUUAAAUCCAAUCAUCAACAUGAAUACAGGAUAUUAGAAUAUAUGAAAGAAUAUUUGAAUGUUAUCGAAUCGGUAAAUGAUACGAAGAAAUUACCAAUAUUUCAAGUGCUUAACAAUUAUUGUCUUAAAGAUUGGUCUGUGUUACAGAACUCUCAAAACUUUUCCGAAUCGAAUUUACAAUCAAUUAUUGAGCAAUUACAGCCAGGAAGUUUUCUUCCACUAUAUUUUAAUGCUCAAAAUGCUGCUAUUCUUAUUGAAAUUGAAGAAAACAACAUUGAUCAACCAUUGGUUUCAUCUUGGCAAGUCUUAUUACCAACUACAGAAAUGACUUCUUCUCUUGUUCCGCAUCUUUCUCGCUUUCCAGUAGCAAAUUAUAGAUUAAACGAUCGAUCUCAGUUGACUUCCCAAGCUCACUGUGAAUUGUUAGUAGAUUUUAUGUAUAACACCAUUGAAUAUUCCAAAUCGAACAAAGCUUCUCGGGAAGUCGAUGAAAUACGUGAUGUACCGGAAUCUCAUUAUGUAUGUCAGUGGUGGAUUCAACAGUUUCAAGGAAUUAAAAUCGAAAACAAUUCCAAUAUAUCCAUUGAAUUCAAGAAAAAACAUCGUGAUCAUGUCAGAUGGAAUAAUGCCAAGUUACCUUUUCGACGUUCAGGUUUAUGGCUGACUAUCAAAGUAGUCUUUCAUAUUAUUCUAACCAAACGUUUGGGACACAUUGGUACCAUUGUUUAUAAAUUGUUGAUUACUCGUUUUCUUACAUAUGUUAUUUGCAAAACAUAUUCUACAAUAUCCACUGAUUUAUUAAUUCAUUGCAUUCGAAAAAUCGUACGAAGAUUGAAUAAAAUCGAAAAUUUUCUAUUCUCUUUAAAUUUAAAUGAUGCAAACGAAUGGGUACAAUAUACGAAACAAGAAAUAUAUAUGAAAAUUAAUCAAAUUCUUCCAAAAUCAGAUUGGCAAAAAUUCAUUCAAAAUAAUGAAAAACCAAAUCAUAAAGUGUUGAUGACCAACUUCGAUUUGAAUGAUGCUAAUAUUUGUCAACAUGUGUGUCAAGAAUUAAAAGCUUAUAUGAGUAAUCAGAACCUGAGCGAAAUGUUUGAAUUUUCUUCAGGUGUUAACAAUUAUGACGAUUACAGUGACAUUAAUCAAGAUGAUUACAUACCGUCGAUUAAAGAAUUAACAGAACAAUUCAAUUAUACUAUUGGAAUAGCCUUGACUCGUAUAGAAAUUUGGGUUGAAUCACGUUUAAACCAAUGGAUUAAUCGUCCAACAGGAUCUCAGUAUGAGAGAAAUCGCUUUGAAAUUUUAUUAAACUUCUUCGAAGAAUAUCAGAAUGAAGCAUUGAAUCAUUAUUGGUCAGAAAAGGGUACAACAGAUCCGAUCGGUUAUACUCGAUUUACUCUAACAUCAUUAACGAUUAUUCGCUCAAUGCAUCAAAAAUUAUGUAAUGAUCCAAAAUUUGAACGAUUAAAACUACAUUCUAUUGAUAUUCCAAAUCUUAUCAAGCUGUUCGAAUUUUUGAUUUUACCGAAUCGAGAAGAUAUGAUUCGUGUUCGUGAUCUCAGGGAUUAUUUUAAUGACUUUAGCCAUAAAACAUACCCUGAUCUUUUAACAAAUAUAGAUUAUGUUGAUGCAUUCGGUGUAUAUUAUGCCUCUCAGUCAUCGACAAUGAACGAAAGUAUACAGAUAAUUAGAGCUCAGGCUGAAUGGGAUAAACAAAAGAAAAUACAGGAAGUCACAGAUGCGAAAGAAAGAUACACAAGUCUUAUGAAUUCAAUAAGAGGUCUUUCUUGCUCAUGUGAUUAUGGCAACCGUUAUUAUCGGAAAUGUAACAGAUGUGUCACUAAGGAACACGCUGAAAGCAUUCGAGUAAGCAUCUACGAAUGUCCAUUACCAUCCAAACAUGAGAGUGCAUUGGCUGUUAUUUUUGAAUUACAAAUGCCCAUUGAAAUUCGAAGCUAUCGUGAUGUCAUCUGGCAAUUUCUGAAUCGACCAAAACCGCACCCGGAGCAUCAUAUGUAUGAAUGGUUGAGUGUUCCUCCUCAUAAAGACAAGUUAGGACCGUUCUAUAUCAAUUCAAAUCACUGUAAAGUAAAAUUAGUGUCCUCCACAAAGUCUGUAACACAAAGCCAUUAUUCCUAUCCACCAUUCAUUGGUUCUGCAUCUAUCGAAUCCUUUUUGUACGAAAAUAGUUUGGAAGUUCAAAUCUCACCACCAAAAGCAAUUGAAUUCGAUGAUGAAUGUCACAUACUAACACCCCAAUUUGGUCAUCCAGGUUACAAGCCGUUACAAUUCACAAUAAACACCACAGAAUUUGUUCAAAAUCAUGUGAUUGCUAAAUUAUCUGAUUGUUCAGUACGAAUGAAACCUACUCAGUUUCUAGAAUUCGGUUCAUUUAGAUCAGGUCAUCGUUUACAAUGGUGGAAUCUCUUGGCAUUAUUUGAAAUGGACUCAUUGCCGAUUGCUGAAGAGAGUGUAACAAUGCUAAUUAUGCAUUCAAUAUUACAAUAUGGUCCACGAACAAUGGAUGGAAGUUCAAUCUAUAAUUCUUGGUGUUCGGAAGCCCAUGAGCAAUUAUUCGAAGAUCAUUUUAUUGAUGAAUUAGUUACGAGAUUAGAUCGUCGUUUAGACGAUUGUGAAUUAAAUUGGCAAAAUGAAUUGGUAUUAGUAAUCGUUACGAUAAUUACUAUGAGAAUUUUAACGAUUUGUAAUUCAACAAGACAAAAUAAGAUCGUUGAUUUGGCAAUAAAAUGUCGUAGAAUCGGUGAAAAAUGGAUUGAUCUCAUUUCGAAGAAUAUUCAAACGAUAUCUUCUUCAGCUUUCAAUGAAAUAGAAAUACUUCGUCUGAAACUUGUUAUUGUUGGUAUUUCAUGCAUCUUAACAUUUUCAACUAAUUCAGAUCGAAUACAUUAUUUAUUAUCAUCGAAUGAACAUAUUGUAUCUUUACUAAAAUCUGCAACUACAAUUCAUGAUAAUAUUAUUUUAAACAAGAAUCAAUCUAAUAUGAGUACAUUUGUAAGAAAUAUUAUGAGAUAUAGCGAACGUAUCUUAGUAAUGAUACAGCCAACAAUUGCUAAAUUUCUUCAAGAAACUUCCUAUCAAAGUUUCAAUGAUUUUGCUGCGAUCUAUUGGGCUGUCAUUAGAAGCAAAGGUACUAUGAAUGGCGAAUGGAAAAAACGUAAACAAGAUUCUUAUGAUGGUUGGUAUGAUUGUCUAUAUGAAUCAAGAAUUAUAUCAAUUGAUUGUAUCCGAGGAACAUUUUUAGUCGAUGGAAUGACUAUAGGUUUUUUACCUGAAAAAAUAACAAAGAAUGAACUAUUUGUACGUGUAUUUGACGAUCAUAUUUUUGAAGUUCAAUUGGCUGAAUCACCUAAAACUUAUAUUAGUAAACAUUCGUAUCAUGGCAAUGGACGAGUUCAAUAUGAAUUUUAUUUCAAUGAUCAAAUUAAACAUUUGACAAUUACUGAACGACAUCUACAGACAAAUGAGUUAUUUCAAUUGAUUACUUACAAUUGUUUUCAGACUGAACUACCAGAUACUUUUGUCUCCAAACACAGCCAUUGGAUGAACAUACAAAAGGAGAUAGUCGAAUUUCGACCUAUUUGUUUUAAGGAACCUGAUUUUUUAGAUAACAAACCAUACAUGCUAUCAUUGGAAACAGGAUGCGUUACUUCUACCAUAGAAAACAAUACGCAAACUUUAGUUAAUCAAUCAUCAACAUUCUUUCAAAAUUUAUUCAACCGAUACUUUAAUCGUCUGGAUGAUAAGCCCUAUGUUUACAUGAUGCGUGACAAUAUUUCGGAGCCCGAUAUAAUUAUUCACAUCCAUUUAUCUCGUUUAGGAAUUGCUUUUGAAUACAAUGCUACAACCAAUAUUAUAAAAUCUCGCGAAUAUUCAGAUAUGUGCAUCGAUGAAGAUCAAUGGUUAGGAACAUUAACAGGUUUGACGUCUGGUCUUCUCUUAUCACCAUUGCCAGCCAAUAAUUACCGAUUAGAUCAUUAUCCAUACCGAAAAUUGAUUGUACCUUUUGGCACGAUUCAAAGUGAAAGAAAUCCGUCCACGAAUCAUCAAACUGUUACUAUAGAUCGAUCAUCAUCAAUAUCGUUUCCUCAAAAAUAUUUUGUUUUCAUUCUCAAUGAUCGAUUAAAGAUACUUCAAUCAACAGAUAGUCCUACUGGAUGGCUUUAUUUAGCAUUGUUACAUGCAAUGACUUCUCAUCCUUUACCAGAUCAAUAUACUAGAAUGACUGGAAUGGAACGAGCUUUUCAAUUACUAAAUUCAGCUGGUUGUUGGUCGGAUCAACCAUUUGAUGCAGUUUCUUUAAAUAUUCUUGGUCAAAUUGCAUCCAUUUCACCGAAGGUUAAUUAUUACCCAGAGCACCUGACUUGUAUGGAAAAAAUAGACUGGAAUUCAAAUGGUUUACCCUAUUCGAUGCAACAUUUUGGUUAUUAUUUAAUAGCAAAAAAACUAAUCGACAGUAGUCAACUAUUCAAUUUUAUGUAUCCAUCACUGAUGUCAAAUGAGACGCCGAAACUAUUUGAAGGAAAAAUAUACAAUGAAAUGUUAUUGAAAAAACUAUAUUGCGAUUAUCGAGAUUCAUAUAAUCCAACAGCUAGAUUAUCUACAGAGUUGGAGGCUGACAUAUUGGAUACUGGCUCACCGACAUUAUAUCAUCCGGCUUCGGAAUAUUGUUCGCAUAUCACUAGCUACAGUGCUGUUCGUCUUGUAGAUGAUCUAUAUAACAAUGGAGAUGUAGAUCUUAGAGACUUUUCGAAACAACAUUGGUUACCAUUGUCUCAAUGGCUGGCUGUUGAAAAUAAUUUGAAAAAUGUUUGGAUUGGUUUAUUAAAAAUGGCUGACCAUCUUAAAACAGAAGCAGCUGGCAAUAAUACAGAUGACAUUGAACAAUUCGAAUGCUUGCUAGAUUUUCUCCAUUAUAUUUCUGACAAAUGCAAAAUCAAACCAUUUUAUCUGCAAAUGUUAAAGGCAGUAUUGAAUGUGCCUACCGUAUUCCUAAUAUCUGUUACAUUUCCUCCAUUUAUUUUUUAUCAAAAUAUCGAAGAAACUUGCCUUGUAAAAGAGCAUAUCCAACUUGGUCGAUGCCUUACUUCCAGAGAAAAGAAUAAAAUUCUAGAAGAAGUUGAAACAUGUUGGUGGAGAAAUCAAGAAUAUACAGAUGUUAAUGAAUUAGCAACUUUUAGUGAAAAAACUGAGAUCAACAAAUUAUUGAAAUCGUGGCGAUCGAACCAAAUACUUCGAUCCUUUUUAGAAGUCGUUCAACGUCUCAUUUCUUCCGUCCCAAUAGAACAGUUUAAUACCAAAGCAUCAUAUAAUCCUCAGCAGUUUGCACGUGAACUAUCCAAAGAUCACUAUCAAAUACAAAUCAAACUUACAGACAAAUCGAUCAAUCCAACAUUUUUACAAAAUGCAGAACAAAAAUUUCAUCAUUUCAAUUCAGGUCAUUUUAAUAAAUCAACUAAAUCUGUUCAAACAACUGAUCGGCAAAAUGCUUUUCCACAAGAAAUUUUUCCUUCUAUCACCAAUCAACACAAUCCUCUAAAUGAAAUUGCCAAUUAUUUUAAAAAUCAAUUAUUUGAAAGUUGGAACAAACUUCUUGCGGACAGAGAAUACGAAAAAGAAGAUCCUUCAAUUAAAGAAAUCAUUCAACUUCUCGAUUCUUUUCGAGAAGAAUCUAUAAUGUUCUGGAAUGAACUUUUCAAUUCUAUUACAUUAUCCAAUGAACAAUUAUUUGACACAGGCCUACUUUUAAGAAUCACACCAACAACUCUCAUCCCUCUACUUCAAGAAAAAAAUCUUUAUCUAGAAAAAUCAUUAUCAUUUCUAUUGACUAAAGAUCAAUGUACAAUACUCGGUGGUAUUAUUGUCAAUUGGACAUUAGAACAACAAAUGGAAAGAACUUUACAUUUUGCCAUUCAUGAAAAAUGGGAAGAUUUUAAAAAAGAAAUAUCCCAUAUACCACAUUCAAAUUGGAAACCAUCUGAACAUAUUUCUUGGCUUAUCUUGGAAUUAGAAAUGAAUAUAACUAUUCGAGAAAUUCAAAUAAAAGUAGCACAACAUAUGAUAGAACCAAAUAUAAAAACAGAUGAUUCAACAGUAAGAAAUAUAGUCAUGCAAAUGAAUAUGGGUGAAGGAAAAACCUCAGUCAUUUUACCAAUGUUAGCUGUUUAUUUAUCUUCAUCAAAUUCUAGUUUAGUUCGUAUUAUCGUACUUAAAUCAUUAUUUCCAACAAAUUAUCAAUCAUUACGAUAUAAAUUAGGUGGUUUACUUAAUCGACGUAUUUUUCCAUUUGCAUGCCGUCGUGAUAUGAAUUUUAAUAAUCAACAAAUCAAACAGAUUUUCGAACGUUUUGAACAAGGAUUACGUAAUUAUGAUAUUAUAUUAACUUCACCAGAAGAUAUUCUUUCGUUUGAUUUACUAACUAUUGAUAAAUGUCGACGAAAUGAAUUCGAUGUUGGUUGUUCUAUGUUAACAGUUCAACGAUGGUUAAAAAAAUAUGUUCGUGAUGUAUUAGAUGAAUCUGAUGAAAUUUUACAUGUUAAAUAUCAACUAAUCUACACUGUCGGUGGUCAACAACAAGUUGAUGGAGGUGCAGAACGUUGGAAAACUAUUCAAAUAAUUCUUAAACUAGUCAAAAAACAUGCUGAAGAUAUUUCAAAAUGUUUCAACGAAAAUGUUUGUUAUAAACCAUCUGAACGAAAAAGUGCUUUUCCACAAUUUCGUUUACAAUCACAUGAACCAUUUCCAUUACUCUGUGAAAAAAUUGCAAAUGAUUGGAUUGAUAGUAGAAAUUAUCGUUAUACAGAUAAACCAAUUAUUUUAUCAUUUAUUUUAGAAACAAAUUCAUCAAUUGAAUAUGUCGUUAAUAAAUUUUCACGUCUUGAUAUUGAAUUAUUUCUUAUUGUUCGUGGUUUAUUAUCAUCAGAAGUUUUAUUAGUUGCUUUUAAAAAACGAUAUCGAGUUAAUUAUGGUGUUAAUCCAAAGCCUUCUUUUAAUCGUUUAAUGGCUGUACCAUUUCGUGCAAAGGAUGUUGUAGCUGAUAGAACUGAAUUUGGUCAUCCAGAUGUUGCCUUGGUAUUAACACAACUCUCAUAUUACUAUUCAGGUUUAAAUGAUGAACAAUUAUCUCAAUGUUUUAAUCGUUUAAAUGAAGAAGAGACUGAUCCAACAUCAAUUUAUGAUCAAUGGAUUUUAUAUGAAAAUGAAAAUAACAUACCAACAAGUAUUAAACAAUGGAAUGGAGUUAAUUUAGAAGAUUAUCAACAACGAAUUAAUUUUCUCUUUCCUAUUUUUCGAUAUAAUAUGUUAGUUAUUAAUUAUUUUCUUGAUUAUUUUGUAUUUCCUCGAGAAGCCAAACAGUUUCCAUAUAAAUUAGUUUCUUCUGCUUGGGAUUUAUCUUCAUCUUUACGAUCAAAAAUUAUCACUGGAUUUAGUGGAACUAAUGAUACACAAUUAUUACUUCCUGUUCAUAUUCGUCAAUAUGAUUUACCAGAACUUCAAAAAACAGAUGCAAUUGUUGUUAAUAAUUUAUUACAACCGGAAAAUGAAAAUUAUCAAUUUUUACUAAUCAAUGAGACAUCAGAAAAUAUUUUAAAUCAAAUUGUAAACUACAAAGAAACUAUUAACGUUAUUUUAGAUGUUGGAGCAUUAUUCAUUGAUGGAACCAAUCGAGAUAUUGCUAUUAAAUGGUUGAAUCUAUCCGAUAAAAAUAAGAUUGAUUAUGUUGUUUAUUUUGAUUCAGAUUCAAUUGUUGUUUAUGAUCGUCAAUAUCAUGAUUAUCCAUUUGUAACAUCUCCAGCAAGUGAACGAUUAGAUCGUUGUAUAUUUUAUUUAGAUGAAAUUCAUACUCGAGGAACUGAUUUAAAAUUUCCUAGAGGAUUUAAAGCUGCUGUAACAUUAGGAAAUGGUUUAACAAAAGAUCGUUUUGUUCAAGCAUGUAUGAGAAUGAGAAAAUUAGGUCAUGGUCAUUCAUUAACAUUUUGGAGUUCAUAUGAAGUUCAUCAACAAAUUCAAACAUUAAAAAUAAAGGUUCUUAUUCAAAAUCAAGAAGAAAAUAAUAAUUUCAUUAAUUUGAUUGAUAUUCUUCGUUGGGUCUAUGAAAAUACUCAACAAUCAACUUGGGAUGGUUUACAUCAUUGGUCUACACAAAGUUUAAGUUUUCAAAGAAAAUUUUUUGCAUUUCGAUAUAUUGAUUGGAAUGAUGAUCAACAAAAAUUUACGGACGUAUUAAUGGAAGAUUUAGCUAAAGAAUGUUCAGAACCUGAAAUAAUUGAACUUAUAAGUAUGUAUGGUGCUUCAAAAAAACUACAAACAUUAUUCGAGAUUCAUCAUAAUCGAUAUGAGCAGAUUCAUCAUCAUUUAUCGAAAGAAAUUAAAGAUGCAGUAUUAAAACGAUUACAAGAUUAUGGUGGAACAAAGCAACGUUUAUCACAAUUGUUAGAUGAAGAACAACAAAGAGAAUUAGAACAAGAAUUAGAAGAAGAACGUCAACAAGAACGUCCUCCACCUGUCAUUCCAUGUAAACCUAUACUACAUGAAGAAAUACAGAGAUUGUGUGAUAUGCAUAGUGCUAUGAUGAAUUUAAAACAAUUUCCUAAUGUAUUUCAUCAUUUACCACAUGCUUUCACUGACACAACAUUUGUCAAUGAUUGUCAAGCUAACAAUUGGCAAAAAAAAUUUUGGAUUUCAACUGAGUUUCAACGUGUAAUUGCGACCAAAGGAGAAUCAUUAAAUCCAUUUUUACGUCCUCCACGAUGGAUCGUUAUCUACCGUAACCAACAAUUAAUUUUUGUUAGUGCUUUUGAAGCCAAUUGGUUGAUAGGUCGUUUAAACUUUCUUUAUCACAAACGACAAUCCAAUAAUCUAUUGAUCACGACAUUACGUUUAUUAUUACCUCGUAUCAAACGAGUGCAAUCAAUUUUUGUUAAUACGCCAAGUCUUACAAUUCCUCCAUCAAUUGGACAUCCCAAUGAUGCUGUUCCUUUCUUCAUACCACUCGAAUGGUUGGUUCAAUUAUUUAUUUUUAAUGGCUCUAUUUACUUUGAAACAGUUGAUGAGCAAACAGCUUAUUGUCAAUGUUUAAGUUUAUGUCCAAAACCGCGAACGAUGGAGGAAGAAGAAGCAUUUAAAAACGGUUGGAUUGCUGUAGAUGGAUUUGUUAGUAAUACUAAACAUCGCCAUGAUUUAAAAAUGCAUAAAGUUCGAUUUGGUGACAAUCUACUAACAUUUGUCAAACAAAUAAUUGAAAAUCGAAAUAAUUCACAUGCAUCUAUGACAUCACAUGUUGGGAGUAUUAUUCUCAAUUCAUUCAAACUUAUUUAA